AUGAUGCGCUACGUGCUGUGUAUCCUCGCUAUCCUGCUCUCAUGUGCGUGUGUGCACGUCCUCGCUGAAGAAGUGCCUGCCGCCGAUCUUUCCGACCAAGUCCCUGAUACGGAGAGUGAGACAAAGAUUCUUCUUCAAGGUACUCCUCCUGGUACGAAUUGCACUAAUGGUACUAAACUUGCUGAAGAUACUCAGCAAUGUCCGGAAGAGCGCGAAGCUCCUCCUGUUACAGUACCUGUUGAAACUACUCAGUGCCCUAAUGGUACUCCUGAAGGUGCUGAACUUUCUGGUACUUCUGGUAAUUGUAAUCCUUCUCGUGGACAAGAACCACCAGCAGCACAACAACCACAACAACAGCAACAGCUGCAACAACAACAAGAUGAUAAUAGUGUGAGCGCAGGUGGUGACAGUGUACCAGCAGGAAGUGAAGGCCCAGGGAAUACGUCAUCCACAGCAGGUAAUGUAGACUCAGAGAGACCACAACAAAACACAACAGAAGGAGAGGCAGCAGCACCAACUACGGACACAACCUCGUCUGGAAACGUUAAUUCCAACAACACCAACCCACAAACUCAGCCGGAAAGUACCAAUGAAGGUGUUGACAGUAAUCCCAGUAAUCAGACUACUGCAGCUGCAGAUACGACUGGCACAGAAGGUUCACAGGAGAAUGACAAUGCUGAGAAAUCAACCACCACCACUACCACAACAACAACAUCAACACUUCCUCCUGAACUCACAAACAACAAGAAGGGUGAUGCAGACAGCAGCAGCAGUAUCAGCAGUUCUGUGUGGGUGCGUGUACCACUACUGAUUGUGGUUACACUGGCCUGUAUUCUUGUGUGCUGA